ACGAGAGAGAGAGAGAGAGAGAGAGAGAGAGAGAGAGAGAGAGAGAGAGAGAGAGAGAGGGGAAGAUGAGGCAGAUCUUUCUGGAUCCCAGAUAUGAAGACAAAUAAAUCUAAACACAGGUCUUGGAUGAGGAUGUUACCGGAUGCUCCAUGUUCUUGUCCUGCUCUUACAGUGACUGUACACUGAGUUCAAACAUGACUGUUUUGAGACCAAAUUAAAUCAGGAAUAUAUUAAACAUCAUCACGGAAGUGUUAGAUACUUUAUUGUUUGAAAGAGUAUUAUUUCAUCCCUACAUCAGACAUAUUUAUAUGUUCUAUAUUUAAAUGUAUUAUAUAUGAAUAUAAUAUUUGGGCAUCAUGAUCUUCAGUUUCUGCUUCAUCUGUGUGUUUGCACUGCUGGUAAAUAAAGUGUCUCUUCAGGUCAGAGUCGAGGGGUUUAUUGGUGGUUCUGUUGUUCUGCCGUGUUCUUCAACUGAACAUGAUCUUAAACCUCAAGACAUUUAUGUGUAUUGGAUGUAUACUGGCGGCACAAAUGUGUUUGAUAUAAUCGAGGGUAAUGAGUCAGAAGCAGGACAAGACCCACGAUACAAGAACAGAGCUAAAAUGUUCCCUGAGGAGUAUCUGAGAGGAAACUUCUCCCUUAAACUCAUCACUGUCACUGAAACAGAUGCAGGAGAAUACACCUGUCUCAUCACACACUCAUCUAAAUCAAAUACUGUAGAGCUGAUCCUCAAAGAAUCAACAGUAGAAAAAGAAAACCAAACCCAAACAGGAACAAAUCCAGAUGUGGAGACAUUAUCAUCUUAUCAAUGGGUUUACAUUGCACUACCUGUAGUAAUAAUAGUGUUGUUCAUUGCCGGUUUCCUAUUUAUCUGUAGAAAAACACUUCAAGCUCGCUUAUUUCCAUCAUCCACAACUGAAGAACAAACAACAGCGACAGCUUUCUCUGAAAGUAACGUUUAGUUGAAUCGAUGCAUCUUUCAUUGGUUUCUUUCUGGUGUUAAAACAGCUAGUGUCUAAGUCCUUUUUUGUUCUUUUAUUUUAUUGCCACAUGCACUGCUUUGUUUUUAUUAUAUAACCGAAUAAGAUCUUGACAGUUUUUUUUAAUAUAUUUCAAUGAUGUCUGAAUCUGCCAGUAUAUUGCCCGAACAUUUCUGUACCACAAGUGCUCUUUCUAGCUGUUUGACUGAAAAAAAAUAUAUAUAUUUUAUGUCCUUUCUGUAUUAUUUUAUAUUUGUUAAAUUGUUGCUGCACAUCAUUGUCAUAAUGAUCAUAAAUCACCAGAUCUGAUUUAUUAAUUCAUGAUAACACAUCUUUUUUUUUUUUCCCUGGGUAUGUACAGUCAGUGUGCAGUAGAUAAAUCAGAUAAAGAUGUAUCUCAGGGUUUAGAUCUGUUACACAGCUCUGCAGACUGAUGUCAGAAGAGUACAAUGUUUGAUUCAUGCACUAUUGAAGCUCGAGAAGUUUAGAUCGAGUUAUAAUGUGUCUGUUCAUGUAAAUACAUGAGCUUCAUGAGUGUGGAAAGAUGCCUUUAGAUCUUAAAUCUACUGCAGUAUUGUCAGGUAUUCGGAGCUUAAGAAACUUGGGUUUCCUUGUAAGUGUAUGAUCUCAGUGUUAUAGACUCAAAUUGUGCAGAUGAAAUAAUGUGU